AGAAUAUUGUCAGGCUUAUGUUAGUCUCACAUUGGCUAAUUGAGUCAUUGUAAUGAGUAUCUCAUAAUAUAAAUAAAGUCUGUGUGUAUUAGGGUUAAUUAACACCCUAUACACUCUUCCUUUUUACUAUGACUACAUGGUAUCAAAGCUUGAUCCUAACCUUAGCCUGCCACCGUAACAAUUGUUCGCCACCCAUCCAACAUCAUCACAGCCGAACCCCUAACCAAAUCAUCCAUCAUCCAAACCCUAACCAGAUUCCCAAAAAAAAAAAAAAAAAAUUCCGACUACUGUAGCAGCCAUGAACAGUGUCGCGACCUGUGAACAGUGAUCCAAAAACUUUGUUAGCCACCAAAGCCCAACCAUAAAUCUCACCUUUAUGCCUGAUCCAGCCAUAACCCAGCGACCAACAACACUCGCCUGACUCCGGCGACCUCUGUUUGCAUCCGAAAUUCACUGGGUUGCCUCCGAAACUGUCGGAUCUUCUCCUGGAGAUCUCGAAAUUUACUGGGUCUUGUCCUAAUGCAGUCAAAACCCACUGGUGUACUGUUUGCAGUCGCUAUCGGCUGGUCUCGCGGCUUCUCCAUGGUUUUCUAGUCGGUAUCUACUGAUUUCUAGGUCUCCUCGUGGUUUUCCAAUCCGUAAUGCUUCUUACUUACUCAUGUUAUUAUAUUGCAAGGCCUAUGAUUUUUUUUGUUGCUAUUUGUUUAUCGAUCUCAUGUCUAUGAUUCUCCUGUUGGGUCUGCAUCGAUGAUGUUAGUGGUUGGUAAUUGGUUGUUGUUAAUUGUUUUUUUGGUGGUCGUUACUGUUUGCUCGUCGUUGGUCGUUGUCGAUUAGUUGGUGAUUAUUGUGUUUCUGCCUCUUAAGUGUUUAAAAAAAAAAGUCUAACGAGAAAAUCGGUUCUGGUUCUCAAUCGGGUCCUCUAUCUACAGUUGUUGGUACUGCUUCUAGUUUUGGUUCUACUGGUAUCGGUAGUCUUUUUAGUGGCUCUCGGUCUCGUGAGCGGCACUCUAUUACCUCCACAUCAUUAAAUGGAGGCAAUUAUAUUCUUUGGGCUAAGGCUGUUAAGAUGUAUUAUAUGGGUCAGUCGGAGGACUCUUAUUUGACAGGUGAGCCCCCUACUGCACAUGCACCCAUAUAUAGGGCCUAGAAACCUAUUGAUGCCCGUAUUCGUUCAGAAUUAUGGAAUAGUGUGACGGAACAGGUUGUUAGUACGCUAAUGUUUUGUGAUACAGCUAGAGAAGUGUGGACACAGGCAAAAGAGUUGUAUUCAGGUGUCGACAAUCUCCGUCGUUAUACGGCGCCAGCUUGAGCGCAUAAGGGUUACUCGUUUCUUAUCUAGUGCAUCAUCCACUUUCAAACCUGUGGGUAAUCAGAUUUUGGGGAACCGUGACUUACCUCCUCUCAGCGAGGUAUUCAGUCAUCUCUGGCAGUCAUCGUCUAUUUCUGGUACACCGGCUCCUGACCGUUCUGCUUUGACUUCCGUUGUUUCUGAUAGCUCUGUGUUCUCUGUCAGCCGUGGCCGUGAUUCUGGGUUUCGAGGUCGUGGUCGCAAUUUUGGGAUGAAUGGUCGUGGUUCCGGUGGCCGUACAGACACUAUUAUUGGUGGUCGAGGUGAUUGUACAUUUAGUCGUGGUGGCCGUAUGACAGAGGGAGGCCGAGGUCGUGGCCGUGGUGCUCGGUUGUGUACUUAUUGUGGGGGGACCAAUCGUUGGGUGGACACAUGUUAUGAGUUCUAUGGCUUCCCUCAGGCUCAUCAGGCCACUGUCUCUGAGGAUACUGGACAGUUUACUCAAUCUUCUGCUGAUAGUGUGGUUGUUUCAACUGAUGAGUACCGACGCUUAUUGUCAUUUCAGACUGCAACAGGAUCUUCCACUGCUACACUUGCUCAGACCGGUCCAUCUAUUGCUUAUGUUGCCUCCUCUUCUUCCACUCCUUGGGUUAUUGACUCAGGAGCUACAGAUCAUAUGACUGGUACACCUGCUUUCCUUUGUAAUCGACAGUUAGUUGGUAGAUCAUCUUAUGUUACCUUAGCUGAUGGAUCUACCACUGUUGUUAUUGGUUUGGGUUUGUUCCUGUCUCCUCCUCUCUUACUUUGACCUCUGUCUUACAUGUUCCUCGUUUCCCGUUUAAUCUUAUGUCUGUGAGCCGUCUUACAAAAUCUUUAAAUUGUUCUGUUACAUUUCUUCCUCAUGGCUGUGUUUUUCAGGAUCUCACGACGGGGAGGAGGAUUGGUGGGAGCAUUGAACGAAGUGGCCUAUAUUACUUGACAGCGUCUCAACCCGUUGCCCUUCAGACAUUGGAGUCUCCAUAUCAACAGCACUGUCGUCUUGGUCAUCCAUCUCUUCAGAGUUUGAAGCGUCUUGUGCCCUUGUGUCGUUCUAUUAAUAAAUUGGUUUGUGAAGUUUAUGAGUUUAGUAAACACCGUCGAGUUAGUUUUUAUCCUAGGGUUGAGCGUCGUGCGUCGCGUCCUUUUCAGUUAGUUCAUUCAGACAUUUGGGGGCCUAUUCAUGUGCCCAGUAUUUUUGGUUUUCCAUAUUAUGUUAUCUUUGUGGAUGAUUUUUCUCGUGUCACAUAUCUUUAUCUAAUGAAAGAGCGAAUUGAAUUGAAAUCUGUUUUU